AUGUCAUCGCCAGCUCAAGGUGCUGGUCAGCCUCAUUCUGGCGUAGCAGGCUCACCCUACUCCUCGCCAAAUGCCAGCCAUGAAAGAAUUGAUGCGACCGUGAAAGCGGACGACGUAGGCGAUUCACACCGUGGCUCAGUUCCUGAUGUCUCGGGCGCAGCUGCCGACCGAGUUGAGGUUGGUGUGAGCAGAGUCGAGGCCUUCAACAAGGUCUUGUACCAGUCGGGCAAGUCUGGCAAAGUAUUACUGUGGCUGCUGGGCUCCUCCAUCUUCCUGACCAUGUUCGCCUAUGCACUCGAUCUGGGCAUCACCACAACCAUCUUCACCACCUUGGCCAGUUCCACCUUUGGCCAGCACAGCUCGCUUGCAGCUGUCACUACCGCCGGUCAGAUCAUUCGAGCUAUUAGCAAGCCCUUUAUCGGCAAACUAGCAGACAUUACCUCGCGUCCCACCACAUAUGUUGUGAUUCUUGUCUUUUACGUUCUGGGCUUCGUCGUUGCGGCCACUGCAAACUCGUUCGCGGCUUACACCGUAGGGCUUUGCUUCACUUCGGUCGGCAAGUCUGGGCUCGACUUGCUGAGUGACAUUAUUGUAGGCGACUUGACACCAUUGGAGUGGCGAGGUUUCUUCGGAGCUUCUCUGUCUAUCCCCUUCGUCGUCACCGUUCCCAUCAACGGUUUCAUCGCCGAGGGAUUUGAGGAUAACUGGCGCUGGGGCCUGGGAAUGUUUGCCAUCAUCGUCCCGGUCCUGCUCCUCCCCGCCAUCUUCACACUGUACUCGAUGCAGCGACGGGGAGAAAAGAUGGGCAUGGUCACCAUGGCUGCUUCAAAGCGUGUGAGAGCCGGGGUCACUGAAGAUCCGCAAGAGUCCAGGAGGGGUUUCAUGUUCUGGAUGAAGCUGUUUUACGAGGGUCUUAUCGACAUUGAUAUUUGUGGCCUCGUCAUCCUUGGAUUCGCUUUCUCACUUAUCCUGCUUCCCUUCACACUUGCCAAGAGCGCCAAGGGUGGUUGGGGAAGUCCAAGCAUCGUCGCCAUGUUGGUUGUUGGUUUCGUUCUUCUCAUCGCCUUUGUGCUCUUCGAGAUGUACCUUGCUCCCAAGCCUCUCAUGACAAAGCACAUUAUCAAGAACAAAACAUUCCUCGCCUCCGUCACCAUCUACACAUUCAACCAGAUGGCAUCUUCAGUUCGCAACACGUACAUGUCCUCAUACAUCUACAUCAUCAAAGAGUGGACGACCUACGAGUGGACCAUUUUCAUGGGCAUUACGACCAUGGGUCUCAGUAUCGUGGGGCCGAUUGUUGGUCUCAUCCAGAGGAAGACACAUCGAUACAAGUCCAUGAUGGUCUUUGGUGCGGUCGCAAGAGUGCUUGGUUACGGCCUGCUAGUUCAGAGCGACGGCCACAUGACUCAAGAUACGGCUCGGCUGGUCGCUGCGCAAUUGAUCUUCUGCUUGGGCUCCUUCAACGUCGUCGGUGCUCGUGUGGGUAGCCAGGCUUCAGUGCCACACGAGGACAUGGCAUCCAUCAUCUCCCUUCUCACCCUGUGGUCCACUCUGGGCUCGUCUAUUGGAAGCGCGGUGUCGUCUGCCAUCUGGACCAACGAGAUGCUUGACCGCAUGCAUCUGGAGAUGCCCAAGGUCGACAAUAGCACCAUUGCAAAGAUCUAUGCCAACAUCACCAAAUUGCGCAGCAACUAUAGCUUUACUGACCCCGUCAGACAGGGUGCUAUUCGAGCCUAUGCAUAUGUCAAUGGCCACAUUGCAAUCACCGCACUGGUGCUGGCCUGUCUGCCUCUGAUUGCCACCUUCUUCAUGCCCGACUUCUACCUGGGCAAACAACAGAAUGCUGUCACCAACACGGGUCUCGAUGGUGACAGAGUUGAUGUACCUCAGAGACAAUCUGGGCCCGGCGAGGGAGCUGACCAAGGAAAGGCAAAGUCAUUCUACCAGAAGCUGGUAGCUGCCUACAGGAAGGAACAGAUCUGA